UCGGGAAUGGAAAAGGGCACCGAGAAAGACAAAGGGACUUUUCAAUUUUCAUUCUACCAAAACCAAAUUGGGGCAUUUAAUUCGGCAGAGGUGAACUGGAGCAAUUUCUUCCCCAUCUCCACUUGAAGCUUCUUUUCCAUCUUGAUUUCAAACAAAUUCGGGUGGAGCAAUUCCUUCCCCAUCUCCACUUGAAGCUUCUUUUCCAUCUUGAUUCCAAACAAAUUCGGCAGAGGUGAGGUGAAUUGCAUUUAGUUAUUUCGGCAGAGGUGAAUUGGGCAGAGCCUCAGAGGUGAACUGGGCAGAGGUGAAUUGCAGGCCGUCGGCAGAGGCCGCGGGCAGAGGUGAAUUGCAGGCCGUCUCCAUUGCUUCUCUCUCUCCGACCCCUUUUCCUCCUUACUCCUCCUGUGGCCAUUUUUACAAGCAAAAGUCGAUUUGCAUCAGUACAGCAGUACUUAAUCCAAGAACAGAGGGCCUCAUUCCGAUGAAAGAAAUCUAGCCUCUGGAUCACUUCAGCUUCUUCACCCCUUGGACUUGAGAGUCAUCACGGAGAAAUGGACAGCCGCAACGUCGUCGUUUGCGACAAUGGCACUGGUUAUGUCAAGUGUGGCUUUGCAGGUGAGAAUUUUCCCACAUCAGUAUUCCCCUGCGUUCUUGGAAGGCCAAUGCUAAGAUAUGAAGAAUCUCUCAUGGAACAAGAAGUCAAGGACAUUGUUGUUGGAGAUGCUUGUUUGAAACUGAGACAUCAGCUGGAUAUUUCCUAUCCUGUCAACAAUGGGAUUGUGCAAAAUUGGGAUGAUAUGGGCCAUGUAUGGGAUCAUGCCUUUUUUAAUGAACUGAAGGUAGACCCAACAGAGUGUAAGAUCUUGCUCACGGAUCCCCCUUUAAACCCAUCCAAGAAUCGUGAAAAGAUGGUUGAGACCAUGUUUGAGAAGUACAACUUCACUGGUGUCUUCAUACAAGUUCAAGCUGUUUUAACAUUGUAUGCUCAAGGUUUGCUUACAGGAUUAGUUAUUGACUCUGGUGACGGUGUUACGCAUGUGGUUCCAGUUGUGGAUGGAUACUCAUUCCCUCAUCUCACAAAAAGAAUGAAUGUGGCUGGACGCCAUAUUACAUCAUAUCUCGUAGAUUUGCUUCAACGGAGAGGGUAUGCAAUGAAUAGAAGUGCUGACUUUGAGACAGUUAGGGAUAUUAAAGAGAAAUUAUGCUACAUAAGUUAUGAUUAUAAAAGGGAAUAUCAAUUGGGACUUGAGACAACCAUCCUUGUUAAGAAUUAUACACUACCUGAUGGAAGGUUGAUUAAAGUUGGGACUGAGAGAUUCCAGGCAUCUGAGGCUCUUUUCACUCCGGAACUGAUUGACGUUGAAGGUGAUGGAAUGGCGGACAUGGUGUUUCGUUGCAUUCAGGAAAUGGAUAUUGACAACCGCAUGAUGCUAUACCAGCAUAUUGUUUUGAGUGGAGGAAGUACAAUGUAUCCUGGGUUACCGAGUCGCUUGGAGAAAGAAAUUUUAGAUCGCUAUCUUGAUGUUGUUUUGAAGGGAAACAAAGAUGGAUUAAAGAAACUGCGGUUGCGGAUAGAGGAUCCACCACGAAGAAAGCACAUGGUAUACCUCGGAGGAGCAGUUCUUGCAGGAAUUAUGAAGGAUGCACCUGAGUUUUGGAUUACCAGGCAAGAUUAUUUAGAAGAGGGAGUUGCGUGUUUAAGCAAGUGUGGCCAGGCAUGAGUUCAUCUGGCAGAAGUUGUAAAAGGCAGAAGAUCUGGAACAGGGUUGCAGUUGGAAUUGAAAGGGGUGGAUGUAUCACUUGGGUGGCACAGACGAGCUUCAUUUUUGUUUCCUCGAGGACUUCAUUACUUCGCUUGCCUACAAAACAGUGGUCUUGUACUACCAUUGAAUUUGUUGCCUGUACCAUAUAGUUCCUACGCUUAUAGAUGUGUAGUGUAAGUUUUGUGAAGAAAAAAAAAAAUACUAUUCAGGUGAAAUCAAAUAGACAUAUACAUAGGUUUUCAAAAA